GGGGGCCUGUGGCUCAAUAGGUCAUGAGCCGUUGAUAUCGGCCUGCCAGCGAUGGGCAAUGGGAAUGCUCUAAGAGAGCUGUUCCACCCCGGCCCGCUGCUGCGAGCGCUGCAAUGCAAGAAGAGCAACAGGUUAGCAGUGCUCGAUGGGGUGCGGAGCCUAGCUUUGCUUUGGGUCCUGCAGUUGCACGCCUGGGGUCACAUCACACGAUUCCGCAACUGCGAGAGACUGGAUGAGAUCCACACCCAGUGGUGGUCGCAGUUCCUGGUCACAGGAAGUCUCGGGGUCCACAUGUUCUUUGUGCUCAGCGGGCUUCUCAUCGCUAAGAGCUAUUUGAGGCUGAAGGCCUUCAGAGAUGCAUCGAGUUCCUUUCUGUCGGGAUAUGUGCGGUUUCUGCUUCGUCGCUUCUUCCGCAUUUGGCCCAUGGUCAUCCUGGCCGUGAUUUCGCUGUUGAUAAGGGAGAAGGAUGCAUGGCGGGAUGGAAGUGGAUGGGCCUAUGUGUUCUUGGUGCCCAACUUGGCUUUGCAGUGUUUAACCGGAGACUGGGCUAUGCUAGGCCACCUGUGGACUAUUGGCGCGGAAAUGCAGAUGUACAUCCUGACACCAUUGGUUUGUGAGCUCCUGAGCCGUCGUCCCGGGUUGCUACUGGGCCUGGGAUCGCUGUGCUGCGUCUUGCUGCGAGCUUUCUGGAUCUAUGGUCCUUUCCAUCAGAGCUGGGAGCAGGCGCGAAAGUGGCCCUUCCCCUUCUUCUACUAUGACCCAUUGUCCAACAUCUCUGCAUACCUCAGUGGCAUGGCUUUGUGUCUUGCACUGGAGGACAGGCAAGAGAGGAUGCCGCCCAUUCGGAGGACCGUGCUGGACCUGUUGGCUUUGGCUGGCAUGCUUGGCUCUGCAUUCUGCGGGGUUUGGCACUGCGGGGGUGCCUAUGUUGACACAGACCUGAGAGAUUUGGGUCAAAUGGUGAUACCGCCCAUCUUUGGAUGGUGUGUGGCCCGAGGCAUUUUUUGCACUGUUGUGUCAGAGAGCUACGACCCUUGGAGCUUGGCGAGUCUCAUCCUCAGCUCUAAGGUAUGGGAGAGUAUUGCCUUGCUGUCCUACGCAGCCUAUGUCAUGCAGCUGUGGCCUGUGUACGCCCUGCAAGACCUGCGCACUCUUUGGGACUGCGAGGUCUACGAGGGCUUGGCAAGUGCGUUGGGUGCGCACUUUGCCACUUACUUCUUGUUUGUUUUCGGGUGCCUGCUGGUAGCGGUGCCUUGUCACCUUCUGUUGGAGAUGCCAGGAAACAUGCACCGCAUCUGAUUUGUUGAUCUUGGAGGCAUACGUCUUGGCCGCCAUCUUGAGGCAAGAUUUUGGCCAGGCCAAGAGGCGAGGCCUUGUGCUGAUUUGGGACCUGCAGCGCCGAAUGCGGGCGGAUGCGGUGACCAGGAGCUCGCGCUGUGAGCGGUGAGCGCAGCCAGGCAAGUAGCUGAGCCAACGGGCCAACGGGCGAGUUAGAGCCAAAGAUGCCGUCGC